CUUUUAUUAAUCAUAACUCAUCACAUAAAUGAGUUAGACUUUUAUGUGCCAUUUUAUUUGGCACAAGAAUUUUCCAAUCCACAGAUCAAGCCUAAGCCUUCACAAGUCUGAUCACACCCUUCAUCUCCAAAUCCUCAAACCAAUACUAGCUAGCAACAAUCAACCAUGACUCUCAACUCAGAUUUCCUCCAGAGUCUUAGCAGUGGAAAUGACCCAGUUUCACGCUCACUGCUUCUCACUCUUCUUCUUGUCAUCUUUACUCUCUCUUGGUACGCAUGGGUCACGAUUCACUCCUCCAAAUCUAACAAAACGACGACGACUAAUACUCCUCCGCCGCCGCCAGGUCCACGUGGCAUCCCGUUGAUCGGAAACCUCCUCUCCCUCGAACCGGAGCUUCACUCUUACUUCGCGGGCCUGGCCCAUAUCUACGGGCCCAUAUUCAAGCUUCGGCUCGGCAACAAGGUUGGCAUAGUGGUGAGCUCACCUUCCAUGGCUCGCCAAGUGCUCAAAGACCAAGACGUCACCUUUGCGAACCGUGACAUAACCGAAGCGGGUCGGGCUGCUACCUAUGGUGGAUCCGAUAUAGCGUGGUGCUCAUACGGGCCAGAGUGGCGGAUGUUGAGAAAAGUUUGUGCGCUCAAGUUGCUUAGUAAUAUCACGUUGGACUCCUUUUACAUGCUUCGUCGUAAACAUGUUAGAGAAACGGCUGGGUACUUGUAUAGUCGGGUCGGGUCACCCGUGAACAUUGAGGAGCAAAUGUUCUUAACUAUGUUGAACCUGAUUACCAACAUGUUGUGGGGUGGGACAGUGAAGGAGGGGGAGGAGGGGGCUAGGCUAGGGGCUGAUUUCAGAGAAGUGGUGUUAGGGAUGACGGAGCUUUUGGGGAAGCCCAACAUCUCGGAUUUUUAUCCGGGUUUGGCCCGGUUUGACUUGCAAGGCAUACGGAAUAAGAUGGACGGGUUGGCCCGACGGUUUGAUCGGAUCUUUGAUGUUAUGAUUGAUCAAAGGCUGAAGAUUGAUAAAGAAGGCGGGAGCAGAGGGUCAGAUAGUAAGGACUUUUUGCAGUUUUUGUUGAAAUUGAAGGAUGAAGGUGAUUCCAACACGCCUUUGACCAUGAUCCACCUCAAGGCCUUGCUUAUGGAUAUGGUGGUAGGUGGGACAGACACAUCCUCCCAUACAAUUGAGUUUGCCAUGGCCGAAAUUAUGAACAUACCGGAGGUGAUGAGGAAAACCCUACAAGAAUUGGAAGUUGUAGUUGGCAAGGAUAACAUUGUAGAAGAGUCUCAUAUUCACAAAUUACCAUACUUAUAUGCUGUGAUGAAAGAAACACUGCGAUUACACCCAGCGUUGCCAUUAUUAGUCCCUCAUUGCCCGAGUGAGACAUGUACCGUGGGAGGCUACACCAUUCCAAAAGGGUCUCGGAUCUUUGUGAAUGUAUGGGCAAUACAAAGGGACCCUUCUAUUUGGGAAAAUCCAUUAAAUUUUGAUCCAGAGAGGUUCUUGAAGAGUAAAUGGGACUAUAGUGGAAGUGACUUCAAUUAUUUUCCAUUUGGGUCUGGUCGUAGAAUAUGUGCUGGAACAGCAAUGGCUGAGAGGAUGGUGAUGUAUUCCCUUGCUACACUUUUGCAUUCUUUUGAUUGGAAAUUGCCCCAGGGAGAGAAAUUGGACCUUAUAGAAAAGUUUGGGAUUGUACUAAAAAAGAAGACCCCUCUUGUUGCAAUACCUACCCCAAGGUUAGCUGAUCCAUCUAUGUAUGAGUAAGUUAGAAGUGUAUUUGCUUUGAUAUGAUGAGUGGAAUUGCAAGUUUGCAGCAUCCAUAUUACUACAAGAGAGCAAUAAGUUCACAGGCGCAUCUUUUUUAAUAAUGACUGACAUGCCAUGUAGUGAUUGGUACAUUAUAAAUGUGAUAUCAAUGAUGAGCUUGAGUGAAAGUGAUGUUAUUUAAA